AUGAGCACCGAUUACAAGUUUGAAGGUUGGGUGGGUCUCAGCCCCGAGGCUGCCAACGGAAAGAUGGUCUGGCAGGAAUUCGAGCCUAAGCCCUGGGAGGAGACCGAUGUCGAUAUCAAGGUCACUCACUGUGGUAUCUGUGGCUCUGACUUGCACACUCUGCGCAGUGGAUGGGGUCCCACCAAUUAUCCCUGCUGCGUCGGCCACGAAGUUGUCGGUACCGCCGUCCGUGUCGGCUCCCAGGUCAAGGGCGAUAUCAAGGUUGGAGACCGUGUUGGUGUCGGUGCUCAGAGCGGUGCUUGCCAGAACAAGGACGGUGACUGUGAGGCUUGCGCUGCGAAGCUUGAGCAGUAUUGCAACAAGAUGGUUGGCACCUACAACGGUACCUAUGCCAACGGCGGCAAGUCGUACGGCGGUUACUCUCUGUACAACCGCUCUCCCUCCCACUUCGUCAUCAAGAUCCCCGACGCCAUUUCCUCAGCCGAUGCCGCCCCAAUGCUCUGCGGUGGUAUCACUACCUAUUCUCCCCUGAAGCAGAACGGCUGCGGUCCCGGAAAGUCUGUCGGUGUUGUUGGUGUUGGUGGUCUCGGUCACUUUGCCAUUCUUUUCGCCAAGGCUCUUGGUGCGGACCGUGUUGUUGCCAUCUCGCGCAAGUCGGAUAAGAAAGAGGAUGCUCUGAAGCUCGGUGCUGAUGACUUCAUCGCCACUGGUGAGGACGAGGACUGGGUUACCCGUCACGGUCAGUCUCUCGACCUGAUCAUCUCGACUGCAUCCUCUUCCAAGAUGCCCAUUGCCGGCUACUGCAGCCUGCUCCGUUACCGCGGUACCUUCGUUCAGCUCGGUGCCCCCGAGGAUGGUGGUCUUGAGAUCCCCGCUUUCGUCCUGAUCAUCAAGGGUAUCAAGCUUGGUGGUUCUCUCAUUGGAAGCCCGGAUGAGAUCCGUGAGAUGCUGGAUCUCGCUGCUGCUAAGGGUGUCAAGCCUUGGAUCCAGGAGCGCCCCAUGAAGGAUGCCAACCAGGCUAUCCUGGACAUGAACAACGGUGACGCUCGUUACCGCUAUGUUCUGGUCAACGAUUGGUAA